CUGCGAUCGGAAUUCAGUAAACUCAUGACUACUAGGAUCGUAAACAACGCAGAUUACUAUGUCGCGACAAUUGCUAGGGCUAUACUCUGCUCCAGGUAUCCUCGUCAUUGACCUCGCGCGCGGGAACAUACUCUCACGCCUAGGGCCGUCGUACACUGCUCUUCUGACUCGCGGACAUUUCUUCUCAGUGGAAUCGAGUUCUAGGGAUUUUCCCUCGAUUCGUACCAAUGUCGCAGUGUCAAUGGAAGCCGUCCUCGAUCGCUGUUCUCGACCCUGUUGACAUAGCUUA